AUGAUCGGUCUGAAGACGUCGCCCCUCGCCGCGCCGGUCGUCGUUCGUCGACGACGCGCGCGCGCGAUCGCGCGCGCGGGGCCGUUUGACUUUCUUCGAAACAACAAAGACGUCGGCGGUCGCGACACGACGUGGGAGGCGCAACAAGAGAUUCUGAAGAAGCGUCGGUCGGGCGCCAAUCUCGGAAAGGAAGUCGCCGCGAGACGCGCCAAGGUGUCGAGAUUCGUCAAUAAAAAGCUCCCGGCGGCGGAACAGAAGGCGAUCGAGGCGAAGAAUCGAGCGAAGGCGAACGCGCUGUCGAAGGAGGCCGUCACGGGUGGGAUUCCGUUGCCGAUGAUAUCUUUGGGAAUGCCAGAGUUCGACGGCGGCGAGCGAUUCGAUUUGAGAGGAAAGUACGUGGACGAGGGAUGGGUGGACCCGGAAGACGCGAAGGCCGCGGCGGGCGAUUGGUUGUUCGGUGGAGCGUUCAAGAAGAAGGCGUCUUCGGCCCAGAAGAAGCCGGCGGCGACGCCGAAGAAGAAGGGAUGGUUUGGCAAGUAA